CUGACGUCGCCAUGGGAACCAAACAGCAGCUCGCCACCGUCGGCUGUAACCUUUGACCCCGACCUGACGACCUGCGACCCCUGGCACGUCCACCUGGGCCUCCACCGGGGUCGCUGUCCCCGUGUCUCCGCGCAGCAGCUCGCGGCGUCCUCCCUGGAAACCACAAACACCAACAGAUCCUCCAGACGAUCAUCGUCUUCCUCGGAGUCCGCCGGCAGAAAACUCUCCGUGGACUCGACGUCUGAUUCUCCCUGCAGCUCCAGAGAAGACAUCCCCUCUGACGGGUCCAGAGGACGCCCACAGAGGACGGAUCCAGUCCAGCUCCCUGUCUCUGCUGCAGAGCAAACUCCCAGCGAUGGAUCUUCAGAGGACCGUCCCUCCGGGUCCCUCAGUGACCCUCAGGAGAGCUGGUCCGCCGGCUCUGAUGGAAGCUCCACCCCCGUCGCCUCCGUCAGCUGCUCCCCCUGCAGCUCCGCCGCCGGCCUGCCGGAGGAGGCUAAGGGGCGCCGGUCUGACGCCGCUAACGGCGGUCUGCAGACCACCGGCUCCUCCUCCGCGUGGAGGGGCUCCCAGAAGUUCUCGUCCCCGGCCCUCAGGUUCACCCGGCAGCUGAGCGUCGGGGGGGUGGGCUCCUCCGCCGGGGUCCACCACCCGUUCCCCAACAGGAAGACGCCGAGGAUCUCUGAGGCCGCCCGCCGGCUCGGGAUGUACUCGUCCUUCUGAGAGUCUCACCUCACGAGUCCUCGUCCAGCAGCCAGUCUGUGUCCUCUGAAGACACUGAUACUCAGCUUAUACCCCAAGGGCCAAAUCUGGCCCCUGACAGGGUGCCUGGUGACCCCCAAACCUGGCUAAGCCCUAAUCUCCGAAAAUCCUAGAAAUCUCCUUAAACACUCAAAACUGGCCAAAACCCUCAAACCUCCAAAAAAUCCUAGAAAUGUCAAAGAACCCUCAAAACCUCCGUUAACCCUUAAAAAUCCAUAAAAUCGUAGAAAUGUCCUGAAAUCCUUAAAUUAUUGUAGAAUUCUAGAAAAGCCAAGGAUGUCCUUGAAUCCUAUCGUAAAAACCCAGAAACACCUUAAAAUCCCAGAAAUGUCCAAAAAUCCCACAAACAUGAAUCUGGCUGCUGUGAGUGGCCCCUGGCCUCCUCUCAUUUUGGAA